AAAUUUAUGAACCAAAAAAUUUUUUUAUUUCAAAAAUCAGAUUGUGCUCCUAAAAAUUUUCAAGUUCUAUCUCAAAUUUUAGAAUCCCUCCCUAUUUUUCGUUGCCCGCCUAAUAUUUUCAUUAUAUCCGCAAAAAAAAACCCCUAUCCCUCGCCACUUCGUCGUUCCUUCAUGCCUGGAGAGCCGUCGAUCUUAUCUUCUUCGUCGCGAUGCCUCGACACCGGGCAGUUGUCUUCCGAUCCUCAUAGAGUACCACGAUUUCGGUCCAUCCCACUUAUCGACGGUGCAUAUGCCCGCCUCAGCCGCCGUGUGAAGCCAACAUCACAACCCCAAUCUCUACUACCUCCAAUUUACAGUAUUACACUACUACUGCUGCCAUGGACUGUUGAAGCUGAGUUUGGAAUCAGUUGCUCUUUCCCACUGGAUGCUGCUGUUUUUGGGGUGAUGGAGUGGAUUAAACUGUGGUUUUGGGCUGUGCAUUGCUGCUGGAAUUGCUGCCUGGGUAUACUGACUUGGAGGCCAAGCAACCAGCAGUGCGAAAGACUAAGAGGGGUGAUGAUGUUGUUCCCUCUUCCAGAAAGGCAAUGGGUCAAGCUUAAGUCAUUGGGGAGAGUAAAACCAUGGAUAAAAACCAAUCUUUGUGUAAUUGGCACUCAUACCUUGAAGAUUUGGUCUUUAUUCUUUAAUUUGAGUAAUUUUAGAAUAUGGAGUUUCAUUCUUUUUGUUUUGUUUGUUUUCUACUUUGGAUUGAAGCAACCAAUGUACUCUUAGUUUUGUUUGUAAUAAAUUUUGUGUACUCUUAUUUGUAUCUUGCCGUCUUCUUAUUGUUUUUUGGUUUUAUAAUGUGAGAUUGAUUGAUUCGAGACAUGGUCGUAAAAUAUUUCAAGAGUAAAGGACUGGAUGGCUG